CGCGAGGUUCCGGGCCACGCUCCGCGCCGGGCUUUGGCGCACGCCCUGGGCGGGGCCGACCUGCGCUUCCUCGGCCGCCCGAGGUUUCCGACGCACCUCCGGGCCCCCCCCACCCCAAGAUGGAACUCUCGGGGCCGCUCGCUGCCCGGACCACGCACGGGGCCCAACAUGGCGGCGGCGGCGGCUCGGGCCCCGGUAGGCUGCGACAAGGGCCAGGACCGCCCGGCAGCCCGGGCCUUACGCGCCGACGGCUGCUGCUGCUGCGGGGCGCCGAAGAUGGCGGGGCCGGGCCGCGGCGCGAGGAGGCCCCGCGCGCUCCCGAGCUGGGCCCGCCGCCCGCGGAGGACGGCAGCGCCGGCGACUCUUUCGUGGUGCUGCUGGAGGUGGCGCGCGGCGCCCCUAACGAGGCCCCCGGGCAGAGGGAGGCCGAGCCCGGCCCGGGGCCCGCGCGGGGCGGGCGCGUUGUGAGUCCCGCGGGCCGCCCCGGGUCGGUCCCGAGCGGUCCGGCCGCCGCCCCCGGCCCCGCCGCGGCCUUCGCGGGCACCAUCACUAUCAACAACCAGGACCUGCUGGUGUGCUUCGACAACGGCGUGUUUACGCUCGCAGCGCCGCCGCCAACCGGCCCGCAGCCCGGGGGUCCUGCCGAGCUUCCCGAGCCCGCGGCCACCGUGGCGCCCGGCGAGGAGGCCGUGAGGGCCGCGGAGGGCCGCUGCGGGGCUCCGGGCGCGGGCUCCGGCGUGCUGGGCUACCGCUGCCCGGAGCCGCAGUGCGCGCAGACCUUCGCCAAGAAGCACCAGCUCAAGGUGCACCUGCUGACGCACGGCGGCAGCCAGGGUCGGCGGCCCUUUAAGUGCCCCCUGGACGGCUGCGGCUGGGCCUUCACCACCACCUACAAGCUCAAGAGGCACUUGCAGUCGCACGACAAGCUACGGCCGUUCAGCUGCCCCGUGGGCGGCUGCGGCAAGAAAUUCACCACCAUCUACAACCUCAAGGCGCACAUGAAGGGCCACGAGCAGAACCUGUUCAAGUGCGAGGUGUGUGCCGAGCGCUUUCCCACGCACGCCAAGCUCAGCUCCCACCAACGCAGCCACUUCGAGCCCGAAAGACCUUACAAGUGUGACUUUCCCGGUUGUGAGAAGACAUUUAUCACAGUGAGUGCUCUCUUUUCUCAUAAUCGAGCCCAUUUCAGGGAACAAGAACUCUUUUCUUGCUCCUUUCCUGGAUGCAGCAAACAAUAUGACAAAGCCUGUCGACUGAAAAUUCACCUGAGAAGUCAUACAGGUGAAAGACCUUUUAUUUGUGACUCUGACAGCUGUGGCUGGACCUUUACCAGCAUGUCCAAACUCUUAAGGCACAAGAGGAAACAUGAUGAUGACCGGAGGUUCACCUGCCCUGUGGAAGGCUGUGGGAAGUCGUUCACGAGAGCAGAGCAUUUGAAAGGACACAGCAUCACUCACCUGGGCACAAAGCCAUUCGAGUGUCCUGUGGAAGGAUGCUGUGCUAGAUUCUCCGCUCGUAGUAGCCUGUACAUUCAUUCAAAGAAACACCUUCAGGAUGUGGAUGCUUCGAAGAGCCGUUGCCCGGUCUCCAGCUGUAAUAGACUCUUCACAUCCAAGCACAGCAUGAAGACUCACGUGGUCAAACAGCACAACCUGCGCCAAGAUCUUCUAACUCAGCUGGAAGCUACAAGUUCCCUUACGCCCAGCAGUGAACUUACCAGCCCAGGACAAAGCGAGCUCAAUAAUAUAGACCUGGUGUCUCUCUUUUCUAACACAUCUGGUAACGGUAGUAGUUCGGCAGGUGCCUCAGACAUGGCAUUGGUGAACUCUGGAAUCUUGACUAUCGACGUAACUUCCGUGAGCUCGUCUCUGGGAGGGAACGUCCCUGUUAACAACUCUUUGGGACAAAUGGACCCCCUGGUGUUGGUGGCCAACAGUGAUCUCCCUCCGAGUCUGGAUAGCCCCCUUGUUCUUGGGACAGGAACCACAGUUCUUCAGCAGAACAGCUUAAAUAUUGAUGACAUGCAGACUGUCAGUGCAGAAGCGUUAGGUUGUCUGGUAUCUCUGCCGGCGAAGAACUCCAGUCGAGACCCACAGGCUUUGACCUCUGGCAGUAAUUUAGCAUUGAACCUAAGCACACUGGCUCCUUCAGGCAGCCCCUGUGGAAACGGCAGUGUCCCCGAACUGCUGGCUCCAAUCAAAGUGGAACCGAACUUGCCUCCUGGCUCAGAUGGUGUGGGGCAGCAAGAAGGAAGCAAAGUGGUGACCCAGUUUGUGUUCUCCAAUCCAGCGGAAAACUACAAUGCUCAGAAAGACACAGACCUAAGUGCAGUGGCUGGCAACUUAUAUUUGCUUUGUGACCUUGGGCAGCCUCGCUUCUCUGAGUACAAAUGGUGUUUGGUGAAUGGGUUACAGGAAAGUGGGGGCUCAGCAAGAACUGAUUACCGAGCCAUUCAACUAGUCAAGGAAAAAAAGCAGAAAGGAACUGAGAACAAUGCAGGAUCCUCAGGGUCUACUCAGAGGAAAAUAAAAGGAGACAAAGUCAGCCCUGCUCACUUCCGCGCAAGCCAGAGCCGUUGGUUGUGUGGGAAUCUUGUGGUGCCCAGCAGAGCCCUGCCAGUACCAGAUCCAGGAGCCGGGGCGCAGUGUGUUCAUGUCCAGUUACUGCAGGACAAGCCUGCCGGGGAAGGAGCCUUGCCGUUUGCAUCCAGCUCGCAGCCUCCCACAGCCCACCCCUUCUUCACCGUUGACGUGCCAGUCUACGUCCUCCAGGAGGUGCUUCCUGCUCCUGCCAACACUGCUGGUCCUGAAACCGCCCGGUUCCCAGGAAGCACCAUCAAUCUGCGGGACCUGCAGUGAAAGCGCCGCCCUGCUUUGGGACAGACCUGGGGAUGAGCAUCUCCACUUUGUUUUUUUCCCCUCAGGACCCAGGGUAGAUGGUCUCGUGGACCUGGGGGAGACUCCCACUCAGUUUCCGCUCGAACAUCCAAGAUCCUUCUACAGAAGAUGUUUUGGUACCUUUACUAAAGGAGGAUGCUUUUCUUACAUUUCAUCAGGAACGAUGUUGGGGCUGUUUGAAACUGCCUAGUCCGAGUGAAGUGCUUCCAUGCCACGAGCAGUGCCUUCUGCCAGAAGCACGUUCUCUCUCCUUACCCCACUGUGCCUGCGCAGCCCGCCCUGCCAUCCUGUUCUGAUGCGUCCUGGGCCGUGGAGGCAGGGUAGUUAGCAAAGCCACAGUGGGGUCUUCUAGCUUCCAUGUUUGGGCGUUUUGCCCAAGAGGUGACUAGAAAUACCCUGUCCUUCCUGAGAACUUGUGUGGCAGGCCAUUUCCCAAUGACUUGGACCAUGUCCCUGGAGAGGUCAAUUUUGCCAUAUUAGGGCAAAGGUGGGCACGUCGUCCCAGGGAAGCCCAGUUCUAAUCCAUGUUCUAAUCUGUGUUCUUGCUGUGGAGGCAGAGCUGGCAGUGUGUUUGUGGGGGGGAGAAGCAAUGGUGAGUGGGGUGGGGCAUGUCGAGGGGAUCCGUUUGCGAGCCCCUUUUCAUAGACCCCACUUGCAGCUCAGAGUUGGGGAAUGGGAGAGUUGAAAGUUCCAAAAAUAAUUUUUCCAGAUUCUGUAUUUUGAAAAUUAACAUUUAAUAGUCAUUUGACAACAGUUUGUAAAGCGAUGUUCUGACUCCUAUAAAUUAUUUAUAGGACUAUAAUAAGGGUAUGUAUGUGUAUGUUUUAUUAAGUUUGGAGAUGUGCAUAUAAUAUGUAAACUCAUAGUUUUACAGAGUAAGGUAUGUCUCAUGAAAGGGGACAGGUUGAUAAUCUUGCACAUAUUUAUUUGUUAAUUACGGUUUGUGGGAAAGACACAGGGUUGUUCAGAAAUGCUUUCCUCUUGCCUUGUGCCUUUCCAAGUGUGUGUGUGUGUGUUUGUUCGGAUGCUCUUUUGAUUCUCAGGCUUGGAAUCGUCCAGACCCUGCCCAUCCUCUGUCUCUCUAUUUCUGGAAUUUGGGGAUGACUCCAGCAUUCUGAUGUGCUCCUUCUGUUUGCUCUGCCCAGAGGUGCAGUCUGUCUGGAAGAAUUCAAGCCGCAUUUGUGUCUGGUUCUUUUCCACAGAAUUCUGUGCUGUGCCACAGACCUAAGGCCAGGGGCUGAACUUGCCCUCCUGGCACCUGACCUGCGGGACGGUCCAGGACUGGCCCAUGGCCCCUCUGCCCCCCUGCAGGAGCCGGGCCCACCUGCCGGUGCAGCUGUGGAGCCUGCGUGGCGCCCACAGGUCCGCUUUCCCUCCGGGGCAGCUCGUUGCCCCUCUCACGCCCCUCAGUGAACGUCUGCCAUGGGAUGAUUGGUACUGGCUGUCAAUGUUUCCUGGGCACUGUGGUUCACUGCUGGUGAUGGCUCGACUUCCAGGGCAACAAAUAAAAGUUUUUUUUUGUAUGGUCA